AAACGGGGAGACGGAAACAAAAAAAAAAAAAAAAAAAAAAAACAAAGCAGAGAUGCCUGCAGAAGUCGAUACUACCGCGUCGGCAAUAAACACCAACGCGCCAGAUUCACCCGCGCCGGCGACAGCUGCCAAGUUCGCGCCGAUAGAAGACGGCAAAACUGACGAAACACUCCGGCCGUCAGUCGAAAAUGACAAAGUGGAUUCAACCGCACCAGCCAAAAACGGAGUCGCAUCUACAGCUCAAGAAAUUGCUGGUGACGGGGAUGACGAUCACCAAGUGAAUGACCCCGGCUCCUAUAACAACUUCGAUGAAGACGACGACCUGGACGACGACGACGGCGACGAUAACCUCACGCCGCCGCCUGACUCGCCUAGUCCUGUCCCCAGCCUAACCGCUGUCAAUAACAACAGCCUUCAGGACGAGAUAGUGGUCGGCACCAAGUCUAACGGAGUCAAGCCGUCUGCUCGUGUCCAGGCAGAUCAGGACGACGUUGAUAUGGUUGAUGCUGACAUCUCACGUGGCGGUUAUCCCAAGCGUAAAAGGAACUCGAUGUAUGCCUCGUUAGAAGACGACGCGAGUGACGUCGCCGCGUCGCCAUCGCUUUCCAAGCCAGACUCAAUGGCGAUGCUGCUCAAGGGUCGCGACAAAGUCCGAGGCAUCACUCUAGGCUAUUGGAGAGACUCGGAAGUGCCUGAGAAGGAGUACAAGCACCAGGUCGUUGGUUUCAUCGAUGUUCGAGACCGACUGCGCACCCGAGUGCAGGCCACAUCGCGUUUUGGCCAAAUAAUGACUGACAGAUUUCCUCUGCCGCCUGGUCCAGGUGGAAGCUGGGUGACGUUUGAGCGCAUUGUUUUUGAAGACCACCUCGUACAUUUGGAUCAUGAGCAGAUUAAAGAGUAUGUCAAAGUCCGCGGAGAGACCUGGGGCACCGAGACAACCGAUGAGGAAGUUGCAGCGAACAAUAGUGCGGCCGUCAAGGAAGCCGUCGCCCGUGUUCAGGCCCGCCCGGCACCGGAAAACGCCCCCUUUCAACAGCCCAUUAUUGCUUACGGCGAGGACAUACCAGAUCAUGCCAAAGUAAACCGCGCUCACGAAAAAAAGAAGCGACGUCUGAACAGCAUCGUCAUGCCAUCGCCACAAACGCCUUCGUUGUCUCAGCAGCAGUCGUUUACUGUUGACACACCAGACGUGGUGGUACCUCCUCCGCGUGGCCGCGGCGGUGCCAAGGCUGGAACCGUCUAUGAUGACAUACCCGGUACACGCCCUACCAAGGUUGUCGUUGGGUACUGGGCCAAGUCACAAGAGACAGACCCCAAGGACAAGCAUGCCGUAUAUGGAGUGCUGGGCUCCAACGACAUGUUUCGUGUUAAGCUUGUCAAGCAUACCAGAGACGGCCGUGCCAUAAACGGUGACUUCCCAUCUGGCCCUGGUGCAGUCUGGAUCAACUGGGAGGAAGUCGUGUUCGAGCCACACCUGCGCAAGCUCGAGCGUGCCGAGAUUAAAGAAUAUUGCCGUAUUCGCCAGAGUCACUACGACGCUGGCGAGUUGCCCCAAGAUAGGAUUUCCAACGAGACAAAGGCCGUGCACGAGGCUCAAGUUCGCGUCGAGUUCGGCCGCCCGCAGAACCCAAUGGCCGCCAACCAGUUGCGACAAGCCGCCAAUGAACCCAUGAUACUCCCGAGCCGGUCCCAAUCUACCUAUCAGGGUACGAGUAACCCCCAGCUGGAUGAUGACAGCGAGCAGCCACAGCAUGAUGUGGCUUCCACAAACGAAUCACAGAACGUCGACCUCAGGGAGCGUCCUGCAAGGCACAUCGCCAGUGAUGAUAACUACGACGACGAGGACAAUUUCGACUCUGGUCCCGGUACGGGUCACGAACUUCGUCAAUCCAGACGUUCAACCAUGGCGAUGACCCAAGCCCAAAAGGAGAUUCCUCGGCCUGCCCGUCACUCGUUGCCUAACGCUUCUGAGCUUCGGGCGGCUAACCGACGCCCGGCUCCGGCUUCGGUCCCGGUCCCAGCGUACAGUGACAGUAGUGACCGCAUGGCUCGCGUGAACUCGAUUGCCCAGCAGAACCUGGCCAUUGCUGAGUCGCACCAGGUGCGUAUCAGUCAAAGGCAAAGCAUCAACGGAGGCAACGUGAACGGGGGCCCCUAUCACUCGGACACCUCGGCCGCCAGCUUUGGUGCUGCUACUUCCCAGAUGCAGCGGAUCUGGGCAAUGCAGGAGGAACAGCGGCUCAUGCCUGGAGCUGUAGACCGACCCGCCCCUGUCGAAGAAAUCAAGGUCGAAGUCAAGGAGCAUGCGGGGAUCACAUAUGCUCGCAAGAAGAAUGGGCCUUUUCCCGGGAAACUCGCAAGCAACGGUACUCUCAUCUCCAUCGACGGCGAGGACUACGUCGAGUACCGCGUGCUUACCAAGCCUAGUUUCACAUUUUAA